AUGUCUCAUUUGCAAGUGCCGGUUAACAAGUGCUCUCAAUGCCUUUUACCAAUAACAUCAAUCCAAUACGUGCGUUGUUAUCAGUGUAAUCGCAAUUUUCACCAUAGCCCUUGUUGUUCACUUUCCGAAAGUUCACAUGCAAGCAUGAGUACAAGUAAAAAGAACGAUUGGAAGUGCCACAUAUGCAAACCGAGGAAAUCCCCCAACAACGCGUACAAGACAUUCGUAUUUGGCGGCACCAACAACUCCAGCCAAAGCAUUGAAUCGCCAAAAACCAUUCCUGAGGAACAACAAAACAAACAGCAAAGAGAAGAUGACGAGAUUAACACCAAUAACACCAAACGUUUUAAAGAAGCAGCAACAGCACUCAACAUUAACAACAACAACAGCAGCAGCAACGAAACAACGAAUACAAGAGACGACAUAGCAGAACUUAAAACUGGAAUGGUCGACUUAAAGAGCAGCUUACAGCUAAUUGCAGCAAGCAUCUCAUCGCUAAGCAUUGAUCUGAAGUCACAUAUGGAUUCAGCAUUAGUGGAGAUGAAUAAAAAUGUAGCGACCAUAGCAGCACAAGUGGUCGAAUUGCAGAAGAAGGAUAAAGAAAAGUCUGAGCAAAUAGAUGAACUCAACAAGCGCAUACAGAGAUUAGAGCAACAAGCGAUAGAUAAAAAUAUAGAGAUAAAUAAUGUGGAAGACAUGGAUAUCGAAGCCGAAGUAUUAGUUAAGAGAAUUACUGAUUCCCUUGGUGUAGAUGUGAGUAGAGAUCAUAUUAGCCAUACCUAUAAAAUAAAAAGAAAGAAGAAAAUAAUUGUGGAAUUUUCAACUCUCAAUAAGAAAAAAGAGUUAAUGGGAAAGCUUAAGAGCCAUCGCGUAAAGGCAAAUGUGGCGAAAGGCGAACCAGAAAAUGAGAGCGGUGGUUAUGUUUAUAUUAAUGAUGAGCUGACUAUGCACAAUAGGCGCCUUUUGUGGGCUGCAAAGAUGAAGGCAAAAGAAAAUGGUUGGAAGUUUGUAUGGGUGCGAAAUGGUGUUAUUUAUGCGAGGAAAAACGAAAGCUCAUCUCUUAUAAUUUUAUAUAAUGCAUCAGACUUGGAAUCGAUUACCAACUGA